CUUGUAAAGAACAGUUUGAAGUGUGAAAAGAUUCCCACGGGUUAGACUCAGCGCCGAUCGUCCGCAGGAUGGGCGCGGUCGUAGCGGUGCGCAAGCGGACUUGUUGGACGGGAGAAUAUAAAAGGCUUUGCUGGAUGCCCCAAUGCCCCGUCCACAAGUGUAGAUUUGCACAUUUGACAAUAGUUUUGAUAUUUUCAUCGCGAAACUUCUAUGAAAAAAACCUCUGUUGCAAGAUGUUUGGCAUCACGUACUCUACUUUUCUGCUUGUUGUUGCUGCUAUUGCGGCUAGAGCUGCUCCAUCAGAGUGGAUCUCUGCUCCAUGCACAUUUCAUGACUAUGAAGGAGAUCAAGAGCGUUUAGGAGAAGCCUAUGAUAACAGUCCAGGGUGGUGCGGUAUUCGAUACAGUGCUCUCAAUACAGCUCGCAUCACCGCCGUAUCAGGGUUGGGCGAGUCACUUUGCAACGCAUGCCUCGAGAUCCUGCCGGAUGGCAACUCCACAUCUACAAAAUCCACCUACGUUCUUGCUGUGGACCAGAAAGGUGCAGCUGGAUUAGAUGUUGCGCGGACGAGCUUUCAGAGUGUCUUUCCUGGUUCCAAUCCGCUCGAUCCGCAGGUCUGUCGCUACCGUGUAGUAGACUCUGCAUUGUGUGGUGGCGUUUGCUUUGGCUCGGCGGAAGAAUGCACUACUGGAAAGAGAUGCUUGUUACCCGCCAAUGCCUUACCCCCCAUACAAAAACCGGGAGCUGCAAAUGCCAAGAAAACGACGUCGACAGCGUCGUAUGCCGUAUACCCCACUACGAAUGUUGCCAAUAUUCCCCCCACAACAAAGACUGGCGAACCCGCGGCAACCAUAUACCCGACUCCAACUCCUUCUGCCGACAACUCUGAUACAAAGGUCGUGAGCCAGAUCGUGCCGGUCGCUGCUCAGAGUACACCCAUACCCAAGAACCAAGCUUACAGUGCUGGACAGAAACUCUUGGUUCGAGGUUGGACGGUGGGAGCCGCCCUUGUAUUUAUGAGCGUGUGUUUGGCUGCUUUUUAGACAAGAUCUAUGACUGCCCAAGACCCGAGUCCACAGCGCUGGACUGGAAAGUUCUCGGUGCGAGUAUUUAUAGCUAUCUAUUUGGCGGCUUUUGAAGUUGAUCUAUGCACUGGUGCAUCGCUGUAGAUACUAUAGAUGGAUAAUUGCGGGGCAAUUCAUCCUUGUAAAUAGCUUUUUAUUUGUUAUCUAUGUUGAAAAAACAAUGAUCUGUAUGCUUUGGUAAAUGA